GCCUCGGGCUCGGGGGAGGAAGCAGAGCGGGCGGUGGGGUCGUGGGGUCGUGGGCCCGGCGCCCCGAGGAGGCGCGCGGGAUCCGGUGAUUGUCUGGCCCGCGAGGCCCCGGAGCCACGGGAGGCAAGAUGACUUCUCUCCCCCUGGAUUGGAACAGCUGAAGGAAACAAUACAAGAUGAGAACAACGAAAGUCUACAAACUCGUCAUCCACAAGAAGGGCUUUGGGGGCAGUGACGAUGAGCUGGUUGUGAACCCCAAAGUGUUUCCCCACAUUAAGCUCGGAGACAUUGUGGAGAUUGCUCACCCCAACGAUGAAUACAGCCCUCUCCUUUUGCAGGUCAAGUCGCUUAAAGAAGAUUUACAGAAAGAAACUAUCAGUGUGGACCAGACUGUGACUCAAGUGUUCCGGCUAAGACCUUAUCAAGAUGUCUAUGUGAAUGUUGUAGACCCUAAGGAUGUGACCCUUGACCUAGUGGAGUUAACCUUUAAGGAUCAGUAUAUUGGCCGUGGGGAUAUGUGGCGACUGAAGAAAAGUUUGGUCAGCACGUGUGCUUAUAUCACCCAGAAGGUGGAGUUUGCUGGUAUCAGGGCACAGGCUGGUGAGCUGUGGGUCAAGAAUGAGAAGGUCAUGUGUGGUUAUAUCAGUGAAGAUACAAGGGUGGUGUUUCGUUCUACAUCGGCUAUGGUUUACAUAUUUAUUCAGAUGAGCUGUGAAAUGUGGGAUUUUGAUAUUUAUGGAGAUUUGUAUUUUGAGAAAGCUGUGAAUGGUUUCCUUGCUGAUCUCUUUAUCAAGUGGAAGGACAAGAACUGUAGUCAUGAAGUGACAGUGGUACUAUUUUCUAGAACAUUCUAUGAUGCAAAAUCUAUUGAUGAGUUUCCCGAAGUAAGCCGAGCCUCAAUUCGACAGGAUCACAAAGGACGAUUCUAUGAAGACUUUUACAAAGUGGUGGUGCAGAAUGAGAGAAGAGAAGAAUGGACUUCACUUCUUGUGACCAUUAAAAAACUCUUCAUCCAGUAUCCAGUGUUGGUGCGACUGGAACAGGCAGAGGACUUUCCUCAAGGAGACAAUUCUACCUCAGCACAAGGAAACUACCUAGAGGCCAUCAAUCUGUCAUUCAAUGUGUUUGACAAGCAUUACAUCAACCGAAACUUUGACCGGACGGGGCAGAUGUCUGUGGUGAUCACACCUGGGGUGGGUGUGUUUGAAGUGGACCGCUUACUCAUGAUCUUGACCAAGCAGCGGAUGAUAGAUAAUGGAAUUGGUGUGGACUUGGUGUGCAUGGGGGAGCAACCAUUACAUGCUGUCCCAUUGUUCAAGCUACAUAAUCGGAGUGCUCCUCGAGAUUCUCGUCUGGGUGAUGACUAUAAUAUUCCUCACUGGAUAAACCACAGUUUUUACACAUCUAAAAGCCAACUCUUUUGUAACAGUUUCACCCCACGAAUAAAACUGGCGGGAAAGAAGCCUACCUCUGAGAAAACAAAAAAUGGCCGUGAUACGUCUCUGGGGACUCCCAAAGAAGCUGAGAACACCCUUCCCAUCCAAGUAGAUUAUGAUGCCUACGAUGCUCAAGUGUUUAGGCUGCCAGGCCCAUCCCGAGCACAGCGCCUCGCCACCUGCAGGUCUGUGAGAGAGCGGGAGAGUCACAGUCGAAAGAGCGCCAGCUCCUGUGAUGUCUCCUCCAGCCCUUCCCUGCCAAGCCGUGCGCUGCCUGCGGAGGAAGUGAGGAGCCAGGCUUCUGAUGAUAGCUCCCUGGGCAGGAGUGCCAACAUCCUGAUGAUCCCACACCCCCACCUGCACCCGUAUGAAGUCAGCAGCUCCUUAGGCUACACCAGCACUCGAGAUGUCCUGGAGAACAUGAUGGAGACUUCACAGCGAGACUCCAGCGCUCCAGGGCGGUUCCAUGUAGGCAGUGCGGAGUCCAUGCUACACGUUCGGCAGGGUGGAUAUACACCCCAGCGAGCACUGAUUAACCCCUUCGCCCCCUCUCGAAUGCCCAUGAAGCUGACUUCCAACAGAAGGCGCUGGAUGCAUACCUUCCCUGUGGGACCAUCCGGAGAGGCCAUCCAGAUCCAUCAUCAGACCCGACAGAACAUGGCGGAGCUGCAGGGCAGCGGGCAGAGGGACCCAACCCACUCCUCUGCCGAGCUGCUGGAGUUAGCGUAUCAUGAAGCUGCUGGAAGGCACAGCUCUUCCCGCCAGCCUGGUGACAGCAUGUCCUUCUUGAACUUCAGUGGAACAGAAGAGCUUUCUGUCAGCCUGCUUAGCAACAGUGGUGCAGGUAUGAAUCCUAGGACCCAGAAUAAGGAUUCUCUAGAGGACAGUGUCUCUACCUCUCCAGACCCAAUGCCAGGCUUCUGUUGCACAGUUGGAGUGGACUGGAAAUCUCUCACUACUCCGGCAUGCCUGCCCCUCACCACCGACUACUUCCCCGACCGCCAGAGCCUGCAGAACGACUACACGGAAGGCUGCUACGAUCUCCUCCCAGAAACAGACAUUGACAGGCGGGAUGAGGAGGGCGUGCAGAUGACAGCCCAGCAGGUGUUUGAAGAGUUCAUUUGCCAGCGGCUCAUGCAGGGCUACCAAAUCAUAGUGCAGCCCAAGGCACAGAAAUCCAACUCUGUCGUCCCUCCCCCGCUGAGCAGCAGCCCGCUCUAUAGCCGAGGCCUUGUGUCCCGAAACCGCCCCGAGGAGGAGGACCAGUACUGGCUGAGUAUGGGCAGAACUUUCCACAAAGUGACCCUGAAGGAUAAGAUCAUCACAGUGACACGAUACCUUCCCAAGUACCCUUAUGAAUCUGCCCAGAUCCACUACACAUAUAGCCUCUGCCCCUCCCACUCAGACUCAGAGUUCGUCUCCUGUUGGGUAGAAUUCUCCCACGAACGGCUGGAGGAGUACAAGUGGAAUUACUUGGAUCAGUAUAUCUGUUCCGCUGGCUCCGAGGACUUUAGCUUAAUUGAGUCGCUGAAGUUCUGGAGGACCCGCUUCCUGCUGCUGCCAGCCUGUGUCACUGCCACCAAGCGCAUCACAGAGGGGGAAGCCCACUGCGACAUCUAUGGGGACAAGCCCCGGGCAGAUGAGGAAGAGUGGCAGCUCCUCGACGGCUUUAUCCGCUUUGUGGAGGGCCUAAACCGGAUCCGCAGGCGGCACCGCUCUGAUCGCAUGAUGCGGAAAGGGACCACCAUGAAAGGCUUGCAGAUGACUGGGCCCAUUUCCACGCACUCCCUCGAGUCUGCUGGCCCCCCAGUUGGGAAGAAGGGAACCUCAGCUCUGUCUGCCUUGUUGGAGAUGGAGGCCAGUCAGAAGUGCCUUGGAGAACAGCAGGCAGCAGUGCAUGGUGGGAAGAGCUCCACCCAGCCUGCAGAGAGCAGCAGUGUUGCCAUGACACCCACAUACGUGGACAGCCCACGAAAGGAUGGGGCCUUCUUUAUGGAGUUUGUCCGCAGCCCACGCACAGCAUCGUCUGCCUUCUACCCACAGGUGUCUGUAGACCAGACGGCUGCUCCAGUCUUGGAUGGCACUAGCCUGGGGGUAAGCACAGGCCAAUCCAUGGACAGAGGCAACAGCCAGACCUUUGGGAACUCCCAGAAUGCAGGGGAACAGGGCUUCCCCUCCGCAAACCCUAGUGACAACAGCUCUCAGCAGCUGGCGACUAGCUCCCUGACAUCCUCCUCUACCCUAGCAGAGAUCCUGGAAGCCAUGAAGCACCCCUCGACCGGCGUCCAGCUGCUUUCUGAGCAGAAGGGCCUCUCGCCGUGCUGCUUUAUCAGUGCCGAGGUGGUGCACUGGCUGGUGAACAAUGUGGAGGGGGUCCAGACUCAGGUGAUGGCCAUCGACAUCAUGCAGAAAAUGCUAGAAGAGCAACUCAUCACACAUGCCUCCGGUGAAGUUUUGCGGACCUUCAUCUACGGUUUCUAUUUCUACAAGAUAGUAACGGACAAAGAGCCCGACCGAGUGGCCAUGCAGCAGCCUACCACGUGGCACACGACAGCAGUAGACGACUUCACCAGCUUCCAGCGGAAGUGGUUCGAGGUGGCCUUUGUGGCAGAAGAGCGUUUGCACUCGGAGAUCCCUGCCUUCCUCCUGCCCUGGCUGCCCAGUCGACCAGCCUCCUACGCAAGCAGGCACAGCUCCUUCAGCCGCAGCUUUGGAGGACGGAGCCAGGCAGCCGCACUUUUAGCUGCCACUGUCCCAGAGCAGAGGACGGUGACCCUGGACGUCGAUGUGAACAACCGCACAGACCGGCUCGAGUGGUGCAGCUGCUAUUACCAUGGCAACUUCUCCCUGAAUGCGGCUUUCGAGAUCAAGCUACACUGGAUGGCAGUGACCUCUGCAGUGCUUUUUGAGAUGGUCCAAGGUUGGCAUCGAAAAGCUACCUCCUGUGGUUUUCUGCUGGUCCCAGUUUUGGAGGGACCCUUUGCACUGCCCAGUUACCUGUAUGGUGAUCCCCUUCGUGCCCAGCUCUUCAUCCCACUCAACAUCAGCUGUCUGCUCAAGGAGGGCAGUGAGCACCUGUUUGAUAGCUUUGAACCAGAGACAUACUGGGAUCGAAUGCACCUUUUCCAGGAAGCCAUUGCACACAGGUUUGGGUUUGUACAAGAUAAAUAUUCUGCCUCUGCUUUUAACUUCCCUGCUGAGAACAAGCCUCAGUACAUCCACGUUACAGGAACAGUGUUUCUGCAGCUGCCCUACUCCAAGCGGAAGUUCUCAGGGCAGCAGCGUCGGCGGCGGAACUCCACCAGCUCUACCGGCCAGAACAUGUUCUGCGAGGAGCGGGUUGGCUACAACUGGGCCUAUAACACCAUGCUGACCAAGACAUGGCGCUCCAGUGCCACAGGGGACGAGAAGUUUGCCGACCGGUUGCUGAAGGACUUCACGGACUUCUGUGUCAACCAAGACAACCGGCUGGUCACGUUCUGGACAAGUUGCCUGGAGAAGAUGCAUGCCAGUGCCCCAUGAAGUGGGCUGCUUGGGCUGGAGGCAGGGUACUGGCUGUGCUUGCAUUGGGGGCAAGGGAGGUGAACCCUCACCUUGAGACAUGUGCGGAGGAUUCUGGUUUUGCUGUUGAUAUUCAGUAGGAUCCAGUCAGGCUCUGGGCGUCAGGUGUCAGUGUGCCGCUGUUAACAGGCGGGGGCCACUGCUUCUUUCUGGUCCCCCUACCACCCACAAGUGUUCCUCCACUGCAGGAGAAAGACUUUGGAGGCAGCUGCUGCCGCUGCCACCACCCAAAUCCCGCUGGUGCACACUGAAAGCAGGUGGGAGGCACAGAUUGUCUGUGGGAGGGUGUCAGCGGCUGGGAGGGGGUGGGCAGCCACCAUGGAUGCCCUCGGAGAGGGACAGCUCCGUGAGUGUCCUUGUUCUCCACCACCUGUGGGAUAUCUGGAGCAGGAUCUGCUGCUCCCUGUCCAUGAGUGGGCACAGGUGUAAGAUAAACUUAUGAAAUAGUGUACAGUAGGCUCACACCAACUGUAUAUACCUGUAAAUAUCAAAGGAAAAUAAAGCUCCUCUAGCAGCAGCUCUGUCCCCAGCCUGGGUCCCUACAGCAGCAGCAUACCCUCGUCUGGCAGUUGGGCCAUGGCACCAGGGUCAUAGGGUCACUGAAGUAGCUGCAGAUGGUAUAGGGUACUUUGGAGUUUACUGACUUGGGGUCUACCUUACUGAAAUCUUUCAGUGAGCUUACUAAAAGAUUUCUCUCACCAGCCCUUGGGCAGGAGCAAAGAUAAUUUUGGUUGAGACUGGGAAGCAGAUAGUACAACAUACUAGAUCACUGCAGACUUGUGCUGUCAGUGGUGAAUCUUGCUCAGAGCCAGGCAUUCUGAGAAAACCAGAGGAAGCCUCUGUGACUGUGUUCUGAGUCCCGUUGCUCAACAGGAUAAAUCCCAGCAUGGUGCUGCUCAGCCUCAGCACCCUGCCCCUAACUUACCCCGUGGAGGUGGGGCUGCUACCAGAGGCUAGAGCAUGACAGUUAGCACCACCUCUUAUCUCUCCAGGCCUAGUUAAUCACAAGCCCUGUAGACUCUACUCCUCAAUAGCUUGUGAAUCCACCCACUUCGUUCCAGGCCCUCUGCUACCACUCGGUCCAGCCCUCCAUCAGCUUUCUCUUGCACACCAGGAGAACUUCCCAACUCUUCGUUCUGUCUCUCUGCUUUCAUGCCAGGCUGUU